AUGAGUGCCAAGAGGUUACUUUUGUACGUUUCUAGUAUUUUUCUGAUUUCAAAUGUCUUUGCCAAUUCUAAUACUUCAACUAAUUUUGGUGUCGGCUCUUGUGAUUCGAUUAUCAGUGAUUUUGUGAUUGAUUUGGAACACGAUAAUGGGAGUUUGAACACCACAUUGAUGUGCGGAAAAGUGUUGAAAUGCCUGGAAACCUUAAAAAGCGAAUCUGGUCGGAAACUGAAACAACUUUAUGAUUCAAGAUGUGAAAUGUAUGAGUUCUACAGUCACGAAAUGAUGUUUUGUUCUCAAUUGCUUAUUGAUAAACGAAUAUAUAAAGGAUCCAGUUCGAAAGUGUCGAACUGUCCAGAUGGAUAUGAAUUCCCCUUUACAAAUUCUGAGCACCAAUUAUUAGAUUAUUUAAAUUCAGUCAAACCAUGCGUUCUAGAUAUUGCCAGUGUUUAUUGUUCUGCACCCGCAGCCAAUUAUCUCGUCACCAAUUACGACCAAUUUAUUAAUUAUAUGAUUGUAAAACCGGAAUAUGAGAAUUGUGAGAAUGUAUACGUCGAGCUGAACAGAUACCAAUGCAAGCAGUCUGCAGACAUGAUUAAAUCUCGAGGAAUGUGGUUCAGUACAUAUAAUGGAGGGAGUUCGUCGUUAGAGAUUGAAAGUGUCGAAAAGAAUGAUAAAUAUUGCAAUAAAGUUAAGGAAUGCAGUCUAGACCCAUGGAACAUUUUGCCAUUAUCAAAGUCACUUCAACAUUGCGAAAUCGUCGAAGCACUACAAUCAGAUUUCUAUCGAUGCCUCAAAACACACGGAUCACUUCAUCCCGUAUCAAUAGAAGGAUGUUCAAUCAAUUAUUCAAAUAGGGACUGUGUAAAAACUACUAUGGCGGCAAGAUGCGGAAGUGACGCUGUUGUGGACUUUAACAGGAGAUAUGAAUGGUUCAACAGGAAUAAUUUGAAUCAGACUCUUGGAAAUCUUCGAAUUGAUACGAACUAUUCUAGUUUUGACGAACAGAACAACCAGAAGAAUGGAAUAAUAGAAGAUACGGAAGUUGGGAAAUGUGCACCAGUUGUUGAUGAAUUGGUGACUCUUCUUUCCAGAAGAAUAAGCGACGAUUUUAGAAAACUUUUCAGAAUUGCAAACGAGACUUGUGCGAGAGUAAUGGAUUGCUAUGAAUCAAUUGGAACCCCAGAAGCACUUAAACUCAAAAAAUCCUAUCAAUCGAUUUGUGAUAAAGUAGAGUUUAGCUGCGACGACCUCGAUGGAUGUCUCACUUCUUUUUAUUCGAAACAACGAGAAGGAGCUUACGAUGUUGACAAAAAAGACAUUUUCUCGAGGAACUUGACACGCAAACGAGGAGGAUUUCUGGCAGGACAGUCGAAAUUUAUGAAGUUUGCGGAAGGCCGGUGUACGAAGAGAGCGAAGAGAUAUCUUCAAUUGAAAUAUGAAUAUUUUGUGAACUUGAUCACUACGAAACCGGAAAAUGACAAUUGCAAAUCUGUAUUUGCUAGGACUGAAAACGUUCAAUGCAAUGAAAUUAUAGAACAAAUGUAUUGGAAAACAACAGACCUAAAUGAAAUGGAUUCAAAGAUGGCUUAUGAAUCUUCCAAAGAGUGUCAGCAGGCAGAGAAAUGCAUGACCGGCGCCACGUGCCCCUCGGAAGAUGCCACAAAAGUGUUGAACUGGUGUGAAUCUGAAAGUUUCCGAGGCGCCGCAUUCUAUUCUUGUCUGACGAAGCUAAACAAACUGAGCAGCCUGACUUGGCACAACCAUUAUUGUGCAGAAGCAAUUGUACAUAAAAUGCAAAAACCGGAAUGGUUUUUGCAGUUCUUCAAGUACAACAAGGAUUGUCUGAAAAUCAUAAUGUUGGAGAAGUGUGGAUCGGAUGCAGUCAGAAGUUUUAGUGAACACUUUGAUCAUAUUUUGAAAUCUUUGGGUGGUUAG